AUGGCGUCUCAACAAGCCCUCGGCGGAACUCAUGAUGUCGCCCAUAACUUGCAGAUUCACUGCUUGGCAGACCGAGACAAGAAGGACAUGCACUUCUCCACGUACGCUUUGCCCAGAGCUCGUGAUGUGUCCACUCUCGAUUCUAGUGGCACGACUGGAUCGUACUUGAUACCGUCACAGCAAGCAGCAGUGCACGACCUUCGGUCGGUGACUGAGACACUUCCGAGGCUCGAAGGGGCACCAUCUUGCCUCCGAUAG